CCUACCAAAGUACUCUAACGAAUGCCAGUUUGAGGACCGUUCAAGUGGAGCGAAACCAAGCGAUUAGGUCCAGGAAUGAUAAUGGAAACGCAGAGAGCCGACCUGGCCAUAAUUGGUGCUGGCUGGCACGGUCUCGCAGCCGCCAAAGUAGCACUCGAGCUCGACCCCAGUGUCAAUCUGGUGGUUCUGGAUUCCGCCGCCUCAGUGGGGGGUGUCUGGGCAGAGGAACGCUUAUAUGCGGAACUCAGGACGAAUAACCGAAUGGGAUCAUAUGAGUAUGGUGACUUUCCCAUGAGGGACAAUAUUCCCGGUUUAGUUAAACCCGGUGAGCAUAUGUCAGGCAGGGCGAUGCAUGAGUAUCUCAAAGCAUACGCUGACCACUUUGGGAUCCGCGACAAAAUUAAGCUGAAUUGCAAGGUUGACAGCGUGGAAUACUGCGACACAGAUAAUGGAGGGGGAAAAGAGUGGAUCAUUAAAUGCACUACAAUAACAACAGAACCAGGACACGAGAAGAGCAAUACUAUACGGACGCGGAAACUGAUACUCGCUACGGGCCUUACCUCGCAGCCGCGUAUUCCUACAUUCCCUGGCCAGCAAUCGUUCGGCGCGCCAUUGUUCCACGCAAAAGAAUUCGCUCUUUAUCAAGACACCCUCUUUAAACCCAGCGAUGACAACACAGGCGACCAACAUGAAGGCACCCGUGACGACCACACACCAAUAACGGUGCUCGGCGGAAGCAAAUCGGCGUGGGACACGGUCUACGCCUGCGCAUCCAAGGGACACCGCGUCAACUGGGUCAUCAGACCCUCUGGGACUGGGCCUGCGUGGGUGAGCCCGGCGGCUGUUUUCUCUCCCCUCAACCUCCUCCUCGAAAGCCUCCCUGUCGUGCGUGCCUUGGGCUGGUUCAGCCCCUGCGCCUGGGUGAGCCACCCGAUACGCAACUUCUUACAUAGGACGUGGCUUGGCUGUAUGAUUGUGCGUCUGUUCUGGGCCUCCCUGGAGUGGGAUAUGGUUCGCGUCAAUCGAUACAGCGAUCAUGAGGAGACGGCAAAGCUCAGACCCUGGUUUAACCCUCUCUGGAUGGGGACUGCGGUGAGUAUUAUCAAUUUCCCGGGCGAUUUGUUUGGAUUGAUCCGGCGGGGACUGGUGAAGGUGCAUAUUGCCGAUGUUGAGCGGCUGGAGCCAUAUAGGGUCGUUCUAUCCAACGGCGGCGACAGGCUGGACACGAGGGCACUUAUCCUGUGCACGGGCUGGAAGGUAUCUCCAGGCAUUCGGUUCUUGCCGGAUGGGACUGAACAAGAGAUGGGCUUCCCGUGGGCUGCGGACCCAAUUGAUCAGGAGCUCGUUAGGCAGGCCCGCAAAGACAUAUACACGCGUCUGCCCAUGCUCCACACCGGCCCAGAGAGGAGGACCUACGGCACGAAGGAUGGGGAGGGUCAAAUACACACUAAUGAAACCGUUCUGCACCCCUUUCGUCUCGCGCGCUUCAUUGUUCCCCCAGGACUAUGGGACGACCAUAGCAUCGCCUUCCUAGGGACCGUAACAACGUUCAACACAUCCAUUGUUGCCGAAGUGCAAGGCCUGUGGGCCAUAGCUUACCUUAACCACGGCUCCAAGCUUCAUCAUAAUCCAGACAAGGAGUCAAUACUUAGCGAGACAGCACUGCACACAGAGUUUUGUGCGCUGCGCUCCCCGGCGGGCCAUGGGGUGCGGACUGCCGACUUUGUGUUUGAGGUCAUGCCGUAUUUGGAUCUCUUGCUUGACGAUUUGGGCUUGAGCACUGCUAGGAAGGGGUCGUGGUGGGAAGAUUUGUUUGUUCCGCAUCGGCCGAGGGAUUACGCGGGAUUGGUAGAGGAGUGGAAGGUGCGGCGAUCUAUAUCCCAGGAAGGGCGGAAGAUAAAGGCUAUGUAGGGCUGCAGAGAAGAGUUUGUACCGUUCAUGGUAAAUACUUUGCUGGAUUUUAU